GAACAUUUCUAACCUCAAAUUUCCCCGUCCGGCUAGUUUUUGAGCUUUUCCUAAAAUUCAGCGCUUUUGUGAUAAAACUUUCAUGCCUUACGUAAUUUUCACGCUUUCCUUCGAAGUGUAAUUCGAAACUGACGCGGUGACUAAUAAGCAAUUGAUUCUUUUGUGUGCUCAGUUUAAUACGAGUUGUCAGAAUGUCUGGUGAAGUUCAAAUGUUGAUUGAUAUGGGGUUUUCAAAGGAGCUCGCUGAGAAGGGAUUGCAAAAUACAACCGGAGGAGUUGAACCUGCCCUUGAGUGGAUUUUGGCUCAUCAAACUGAGAUGACACCAUCUGGCAGCAAAGCAGCUGAAACAGAAGCUGCUCCUGCACCUGCCUCUGAAUCAACCAGCAAUGGACAGAGUUCAGAGAACAGUUCUGAAAACGCAGCUGCUGAUGCCUCUGCAAAGUCAAUUAAGUGUGACGAGUGUGGGAAAUUAUUCAGGACUCAGUUAGAAGUUGAAUUUCACGCCGGUAAAUCUGGGCACAGUGCAUUCUCAGAAUCAACGGAGGAGAAAAAACCAUUAACGGAAGAAGAAAAGCAAGAGCAGUUGCGGAAAGUUGAAGAGCUAUUGAAGCAGAAACGUGCUGAAAGAGCAGAACAAGAGAAGAGGGAUGCGCUGGAGAGAGAAAGAAUUAGGAUCAAGUCUGGAAAAGAAAUGAUUGCCGCUAAAAAAAAACUAGAGGAGGAUGAAAUAAAGAAAAUGGCGGAACUUCGCAGGAGAGAAAAGGAAGAAGAGAGAGUAGCCCGAGAAAGAGUACGAAAACAAAUAGAAGCCGACAAACUCGCCAGAAAAUUGAAGUACAGUACUCCAGAUUCUCAGAAUGCAGCAGCAGUAACAUCACCACCUCCUGCACCUGUACCUGUUUCCUCAGCUCCGGCAGUUAAGAAAGAUUAUACCGAGACGAAAAUUCAGAUUCGAUUAACCAAUGGACAAGCCUUAACUCAGACAUUCAGUUGCAAAGAGCAGCUAUCAGCGGUAAGACUGUAUGUUGAGCUUCACCGUACAGAUGGACAAGGUCCAUUCUCUCUCAUGACUAAUUUCCCAAAGAAGAAAUUUACAGAUGAGGAUUAUCAGAAACCACUAGAAGUGCUUGGGCUUGUUCCAUCUGCUGUUGUAAUUGUGACCAAAGCAGUUUAAAUUUCGGCCUAAUUCUCUCAACAUCUGAUCUGCCCAGUUAUGAAUGAAGUGUGAUCAUAUAUUCUUGUGUAUAGGUUACCACUAAAGUUAGGAGCCUUGUUGAUAUUGAGAACAAAUACUUACUUUAGACUUUAAUUGGUUUGAUUGAAGAUAGGUUAUUCAUCUGGAAGACCAGCAAAUGUAACUGAUGAGAGUAGCAUCUAUCAUAAGUAGCUGAUAAAAUCCUAUUAUUGUACAAAAUCAUAAAAUUAAAAAAAAAAAUGGAAGGAAGAAGUUACUGGGUGUACCUCGAUGAGCAGUAACUUCCUUGCUGACUCUCCUGAGUUUGGCUAAAGUCGCUUUGUUUGUUUCGAUAAUUUUCAAAGGUCUGUUAAAUUAUCAAAAUUAAUAAUCUCUAGAUUUUGUAUGAAGAGAAUCCUGUAAGGAAAUCAAAAUGCAUUUAAAGCAAUUAAGUCCAUAUAGUUGAAUGUUAUCUAAUGGGUCUGUAGCACGCAAGAGAUGCAGUCAAGUGAAUUGAGAAUUGACAUUUUAGAGUUAGAAUCAAACAAUAAUCACAAUGGGCAAAUCCAAGAAGUUUUAAAUCUACCAUUUAGCUUACUAUUUGGGUAGUUUGUAACUUGCUUUUUCGAAUUUCCCACAUCCGCAAGAAUUUUUUUCCUAGUCAAUGGCGACCACGUUUGUUUAGAGAGAGGUGUAAGAAAACUUAACCCAACUAAACAAGCAACCUUGCAAAUUGUUACAAACUUUCCUUAUGUAAGAUUCCAGUUGAUUUGAAGCUUUGUUUUUGUAAAUAAAGAAAUGAGGAGGGAAGGAACAUUUGAAAAUGUUUGAAAUCAUUCGUGAGAAAAAGUUUGAGGAGUUGUUUGUUUAAUUAAGUAAAGCUUUUAACAUCUUCUUCUGGACAAAUCUGAUCACUGGUGACGAAGACGAAUUGCCGGCAACACAUACACAAAUCGUGACUCACAUUUCGUAAAUUUCGUACUGAAUAGCGGAUUUCAGACUCUCUUGAUGUCCCCACUGUGAUUUAUGUGUGAUGUUACCAAUGGCAAAAGACCCUUCUUAAACCAGAAUCAUUUUUAGAAUAAUCUGCAUUUUUGAAGCUUUGUCAUUUAAUUACAUUAAGUACUGUAAAGAAGAUUUUGAUACAUAAAAGUUUUCAAGAGAAAAGUGAUGAUCGAAAUUGAGGUGGUUUCAAUUCUUAAACUUUCAGAAUAACCUGAUCUAGAUUCAUACUUCAAACGUCAAGCAAUCUCUCUCUCAAAAUUGACCUGAGGUGAGAAAAAUGUAUUUUUUGGCAAGUUUCCAUUAGGUAGGCCACAACUGUCUAUUGUUACUGAUCCUACUGUGAGUCCCAGAAACAAGACAAAGCUUUCGGGAAGUUCGUUUGAUGUUGACACAAUGAACUGCUGCAAAUGUAAAGGAAGGGGGAAACUGCAAUUCUUUUCUAAUUUUUUAAGUUUUUUUUAUAAAUGUGAAGCUACCUUUUCACUUUUAUUGUUACUUUUAGUCUUUGUGAAUUCGCUCAAUACUUUAGAAGUCAACUACACCUCACUAUUUUUACUAUUGUAUUCUGUUUAUUAUUGAUAUCCUCAGUCUCCGAAGGUUUUACUUAAUUUUUUUGCUGAAAGUAAAUAUAUUUUUUGAUACUUGAGUAGUUAGGGAAGAUCAUUUGGCUAAGAAUAGGUAAGAUUGUUGUGAGAGGAAACUGUGAGAAAAGCUAUAUUUCAGCAACAUCUUUCAACACAUUUGUGUACGACCCCUACAAGAGACUUGAUUGCUUUACUUCUGGUGAGAAAUGAAGUGAUGAAAUACUUCACCGGUGCUCUACGUUCCUCAGGUGUCAUGCGCCUGGAAAUUGGAGGGAGAGGGGGGGCGGGGGAAGGCCAUCAUGGUGUGUGAAAAUAUUGACACCUCGCGCUCACAAUGCACCGUUGAAGACUAUGAUGCAUAGGUAUGCAAAAAGUUGCUUUAGCUCCUAAGAAUUGGGCUUUCCGCUCUUGGUGGCUAGUCCUAAAAUUUUUACUUGAUCAACUUUCACUUUUGCAAUCAUGAAAGAAGUUCAGUUAAUAGUCCUGUUUUGUAAUUCAGAAUUGCUACCCCCACGCAUUUCUCUCGAAAACAUGAUUCAGGGAUUAACAUUCAUUUUCCAGCAUACCUUCAAUGUGGGAUUAAAAACUCAAUAUUAUUUUUGGAUCUCUGUGAAGAAUUGCAUGGAGACUGGAGAGGUAAAGUCCACACCAAAUAAGUGUAUGCACUUCUAAAAUGUGAUAGAAGAGCAUGUGCCGUAAAUCUAGCAUUGAAAGUAAAUGCAAGAAUCAAGAUAGCGGAUUUUCUGUAGCAGCCCAGGAGUGUAUCAACUUAUAUAGAGAAGAGUCUCAUCACAUUAUCUCUGAUAGUAGUCAUCCACAGGGCCAGUGUACAGUUUUGCUGCCCUCAGUCGACAACUGAUUGCUGCCUUUAAAUUCCAAGAGUGAUUACCUUCAAUGACUUGAAAAGCAAGAACUUGAACAGAGGUCAUUACUUUCCGGAUCUGCAGCCAUGGGUUGUGGCCAAUCUCUCCCUCCCCAAUCCGGCCAUGGUCAUCUACCGCCAUUUGAUUUUGAUGAAUAAUAAAUUUUGCCAAUGUAUAUAGAGCCCCCAAAAUAGGGUUUAAUAGUCUCAUUAAAUUCUUUUUUACCAUGAAUGUACUAAGAAAUAAUAAAAGUAUAUACAAAACUCAUUA